AUGAGACUGAAUGGAAUCAAUCAGCAAACUCAAGAUUCGAAUGAAGUUUUAAUCAGUUCACAUUUAAUGAAAUCAUCUAAAGCUAUUCAAGACCAUUCACCAGGUUUAUCUGCUUGGUUACUAAACAAAUCCAUCGAUAUCAAUCCAAUCGAAACCAGCAAAGAAGAAGAAGAGGAUGAGAAUAGGAAAAGAAAGAGAAAGUGUGAAGAAUGUGGAUUGGAUAGAUUGAAGUAUACUUGGAUUGGUAAACAGAUGAGGUUGUGGAUCGUUUGUGAUUAUUGUGGUGAUCGAAAUUGGAAAUCGAUGACUAAGAAAUCAAAACAACAAACUAAAAUAACAACAACAACAACAACGACCAUCAACACUUAUCAAGAAACAACAAAUCAAGAAACAGCAAAUCAAGUAACAAUCGGAACUGCAGCUGGAACUGGAAAUGAGAAUGCGAACGGAGAAGCGAAGGGAGAAGCGAAAGGCAAUAGAGAGCCCAUUGUAGAGUUAAAAACUUUAACUGAAGCUACUCCAAAUCGAAAUCGAAAACCGAAAACCAAAAAGAAUUCCAAGAAUUCACAACUCACUCAAAUCUUAAAACUUCAUCAAAGUCAAUCGUCUUCCUCAUCUUCAUCACCAAACCAAUUCAACUUGAACCAAUUCUUGACCCAACUUUGA